UAUAUAUAUAUAUAUAUUAGUUUUGAAGGCAGAGAGAUUUGGUUGGAAAACCAAAAACAAAAAGGAGGUAAAACACCGAAAGCAGUUGGGGGAGAGGAAGAUGAACUUCCUCCGUAGAGUAAUUUCCCCAGGCUCUCGUUCUCAAGUUUCUCAAUUUGCGAAUAGGUCCUUCAAAAUUACACAAAAGCAUUAUGGGUCCAUUGCUCAACCCACCUCAAGCUCCUUGGUUCAUGGCAUUCAUCAAUUUCAUUGCCCAGAUGUGGUUGGAAUCCUUGCAAAACUAUCGGAUUGCAUAGCAUCAAGGGAAGGAAAUAUUCUCAGUGCUGAUAUUUUUGUUCCAGACGACAAUCAUGUCUUUUACUCCAGAAGCGAGUUUCUCUUUGACCCUGCUAAAUGGCCAAGAGAGCAAAUGGAUGCAGACUUCUCUAAUCUAGCUAAAAAGUUCAAUGCGAUGAAGUCUGUCGUUCGGGUGCCUGAUACUGAUCCCAAAUAUAAGAUUUCAAUUCUAGCUUCAAAGCAGGAGCACUGUCUUGUGGACUUGUUGCAUGGUUGGCAGGAUGGGCGGUUUCCUAUUCACAUAACUUCUGUAAUAAGCAACCAUGAACGAGGUCCAAACACUCAUGUGAUCCGGUUUCUUGAGAGGCAUGGGAUUCCAUACUAUUAUUUGCCAAUGACUAAGGAGAAUAAAAGAGAAAAAGAAAUCUUGGAUAUAGUUGGGGAUACUGACUUUUUGGUUCUUGCCAGAUACAUGCAGGUAUUAUCUGGGGACUUCUUAAAAAGCUAUAAGAAAGAUAUCAUUAAUAUUCACCAUGGCUUGUUGCCAUCGUUCAAGGGUAGUAAUCCAUCUAAGCAGGCUUUUGAUGCUGGCGUUAAGUUGAUUGGGGCGACAACUCACUUCGUUAGUGAAGAACUAGAUUCGGGACCAAUCAUUGAGCAACUGGUUGAAAGGGUUUCUCAUAGAGAUAAUUUGCGGACAUUUAUACAAAAGUCUGAGGAUGUUGAGAAAAGGUGUCUUGCAAAAGCAAUCAAAUCAUACUGUGAACUGCGUAUUUUUCCAUAUGAGGCGAACAAGACUGUUGUUUUUAGGUCCUGAUUGAAAAGGAAGCUGUGGUAGCUGCAUCAUCUCUUUCCAUUCUGUCCAUCAUUCGGGUGAUCAUCGAUAUCAUCGUUAUCACUCAGUUAUCCAAGCAAAACUUCCACACAGGCCACUCCGAGAAGUAAAGACACAGAAGGUGUUUCAUCUGGAAAAAGGAAAGAGAAAUAAAGAGGUUUCAUCUGAAUUCAUGUUUUAAAAUUCCAAUUUUUAAGACACUGUCUUGAUAUCUGUUUCCAUCUUAUCACAUGCAACAGAUAUUUGUACAAGUUCCAAAUUCUGUUCUUUGAUAUCAAAAGUGCCUCAAAGCUGCUUUCAAUUGUUAUAGAACUUUUAAACCUUUUGUCAUUUGAAUUAUGUUUUUGGGUACUAAUCAUCUGGUGGUAUCUGAUUCCCACUGUCUCGAUUAAUUCAAAUUUCCGUGCUAUUAGGGAUUUUUCCA